GACACGCUCUCGCUCAUCACCCUAGCACCGUUAUCCGGGCCAAGCUGUCAUAUACGUCCCGUCCUCUCCAGCCGACAACCGUGUUAUUCCCAACCAUACUCGGCGGGCCUCGGUACUAUUCUCAGAGGGUGAAACGCACAAGACACUCCCUCUGUUUUUUUAACGUGGAGAAGCAGCUUUUAUCGAGGAUUUUUCUCCGCAAGCACAAGAAGGCUCAAGGCUUAUCUCUGCCACCCUUAUCUCACACUCUCUCCCCCCCCCUGCUAUCACCACACCCCCGUCCUCACUGUACCCUCUACAGAUGAAGCUGGACAGGGGUUGGAUGUGGCGCGUGCUGCUCCUGUCCUCCCUGGCUGUAGCGGCUGUGGCAGCCCAGGACAACCAGUUGGAGGUGGAUCUUUCCAACAUGGAUGAGGAUUUGGGCUUGGACGAGGAGGAAUUAAAGGUGCUGAUGGCAGAAGAGGAGGAGGAGGAAGAGGAGGAGGAGGAGGCAACGGUGAUGGAUGAAGACCACUCUGAUGAGACAGACACAGCAAGUGGGAAGUCUGGAACAGAUGCAGAUGUCUCCUUCCAGGUAACUUACAAGACUCCUGUCCCCACUGGAGACGUCCACUUUGCAGAGACGUUUGACGAUGGGUCACUGGACAGAUGGCAGCUAUCAAAGACAGUGAAGGGGGAUGCAGAUGAUGAAAUCGCCAAAUAUGAUGGUAAGUGGUCUGUGGAGCAGCUGAAGGAGAACAAAGUUCCAGGAGACCAGGGUCUGGUGCUCAAGUCCCGGGCCAAACACCAUGCGAUCGCAGCAAUGAUGGACAAACCCUUCAUCUUCCAGGAUGAACCUCUGGUCUUACAGUAUGAGGUGAAUUUCCAGGAAGGCAUCGACUGUGGUGGAGCAUACGUCAAACUGCUUACAGACACUGAAGACGUCAAUCUGGAGCAAUUCCAGGAUCGUACACCUUACACCAUCAUGUUUGGACCAGACAAGUGUGGUGAGGACUACAAGCUACACUUCAUCUUCCGCCACCAGAAUCCUCUCAACAAAGACCUGGAGGAGAAGCACGCCAAGAGGCCCGAUGUUGAUCUCAAGAAGUUCUACACUGACAAGAAGACUCACCUCUACACUUUGGUCCUAAACCCAGACAACAGCUACGAAAUGUUGAUAGACCAAUCCAGCGUGAGCCGUGGCAAUCUGCUUUACGAUGUGGUUCCUCCAGUCAACCCACCCAAAGAGAUAGAUGAUCCAAAUGAUUCCAAGCCGGACGACUGGGAUGAGAGGGCCAAGAUACCCGACCCCGAGGCUGUCAAGCCCGAUGACUGGGAUGAAGAUGCUCCAGCAAAAAUUGAGGACCCUGACGCUCUGAAGCCAGAGGGCUGGCUGGACGACGAAGCAGAGUUUGUCCCUGACCCGAAUGCUGAGAAACCAGAAGACUGGGAUGAGGAGAUGGAUGGAGAGUGGGAAGCCCCACAGAUUCCUAACCCAGCCUGUGAGACGGCUCCUGGCUGUGGGGAGUGGAAGCGUCCCAAGAUCAACAACCCUCAGUACAAGGGCAAGUGGAAAGCCCCUCUGGUGGACAAUCCCAACUAUCAGGGAGUCUGGAAGCCGCGUAAGAUCAGCAACCCGGAGUAUUUUGAGGACCUGCAGCCGUUCAGGAUGGCACCUUUCAAGGCUGUGGGCUUGGAGUUGUGGUCCAUGACCUCAGAUAUCUACUUUGACAACUUCAUUAUCACCUCCCACAAGGAGGUGGCUGACCGCUGGGCCUCUGACAGCUGGGGGCUCAAGAAACUGGUGGCCAGCGCUAACGAGCCAGGGAUUUUCGCUCAGCUCAUGUUGGCAGCAGAGGAACGACCGUGGCUCUGGGUGAUCUACAUACUGACAGUCGGCCUGCCUGUAGGACUGACUGUGCUCUUCUGCUGGCCGAAGAAAUCAGAGGACGACUACGUGUACAAGAAGGUGGAUGUCCCCCGAGCUGAUGUAGAAGAGGAGGAAGAGGAGGAUGAAGAAGAAGAGGAGGAGGCAGCAGCAGAUAAGGAAGACAAAGCAGCUGAGGAAACAGAGGGAGCAGCAGCUGCGGCCACAGAAGAAGCUGAGGAGGAAGAGGAGGAAGAUGAGGAAGAAGAAGAGGAGGAGGAGGAGGAAGAUGGAGGUGAUGAGAGAGGUGACAAUCUAGAAGGGGAAGAGGAGGAAGAGGAAGAAGAGGAAAGCAAGGCUCCUGAGAGAACAAUAGAGGAUGAGCUGAAGGAGGGAGGAGACGCCACUGAAGAGAGCCACAAACAAGCUGUGAGAAAGAGGAGGGUACGGAAAGACUGAGGAGGUGAACCCCCACGCCUGUUGUCUCCUUUCUCCCCCGAUGGCGGAGGAGGUGGAAGGGCUGUCUCUGCUGCUGCUCCCCCCAACUCCGAGCAGAGCGGCAUGUAUUUCCUCCAGACCACCUGGUAGCCUGCAGUCACCCCGGCUGCCCCAUCCGCGUCUCCUCCAUGCCUCGGCUUCACCCAUCACAGGUCCAUAGUCUCCCAAACCACAUCCUGUAUCCCCUCCCCCUUUUCCUCGUCUCAUCUCUCGCUCCUGUCUGCUCAUUGAAAUCAGUUGAAUCCCCUGGAGAUUUUGUGCAUUUAGCUGUUUUUUUCCUCUGCCACCCUGAGCUUUCACUCUUCAUCCUUGUUCUCUUCUCUAAGCCAUCGCUGUCGAAAUGUCUGUCAGCCUAAAAAAAGCAGCCACUUCCACCUCUGAUCCUGUUCACCCCGUUUCUGCUGUCAGUCUCAAUAUAUGCCAUCAUACUACUACAGUUUUAAAAGAAGUUGGGGUGCUGUGGUUCUUCUCACUCCGCGUGUUGCAGGUGUUAAACUCAUGGUAACUAUAUAAAUGACUACAUUAAAUAUCUUCUCUUUGUACAGUAUAGAACAUAGGUUGAGAAGGAUUGCAGUUUUUAUAUACACAGCGUCCCAAGUUUUUUUGAAUUGAGUUUGUGGGUCCAGCAGUGUGUCUCCUCUGAGAGUGAAGGCAGCAGAGAGCAUGUGCACUGCUGUCGACUCCAGAUGUUCAUUACAGCAUAUCACAGGGGCUGCAUCUCCAGACUUGUUUUAGAGAACUUGUUCGAGGACACAGUUUGAAGUCCCUUCCUUGUUUGAAACAGGUCGGUUUUCAUGAACAGGCCAGCAGGAGAGGACACCAGGCUGCGAGGACAGGCUGUUGGAGGUGUUCCUGUAGUGUCAGGACAUUUCAGCUGAUUAAGCCGCCUCAGCUUAGGUUUAAAAGUUUACCUCUUUAAAAAGAUGGGAUGGAUGUUCAGUUUAGAUUUUAGGUAGUUUGUAAGGAGCAUCAGUUACUUCUGUGUGUUUUUUUACUAAGUUAUAGUAGUUUAAGAAUUAAGGAUUAGCACUGAGAACCCCAUUUAUCAGUUUGUUUGGAAUUUGUUUUAUGCCAGUACGAAUGAAAACUUAAUGCAGUGUUUUGAGUGACUUGAGGCAGUUUUCUUCAAUAUAUGUCAGUGAUGUGCUUCUUCUGAGCCUAGGUAAAGUUAACUCUGAUGAGCCUAGGUAAAGUUAACUCUGAUGAGCCUAGGUAAAGUUAACUCUGACAGUGCUUUCAGCAAAAAAUAGGUGAUUUUAAAUGCCUUGGCCACCAGUCGUCAGCGAGACAGUUUAAAUAUGUGGGUUUCUGCAGCUGGAAUUAAAUCUGUGAAGUGUCUCAUGCAGUCAGUUCACAGCACUGCUUUCCCAGAAUAUAUCUAGACUAGCUGGAGUUCACAUCCAAGAUUGUCGCCUGGGGAAGAUGUUUAAGCUAAUUUAUUUGUUUUAUAUUAUUGUUUCAAGCUUUUGUAGUUCAUGCUCUUGCCAGAUGCUGGCAGGUACCCCUGUUUACAUUUGUUUGCUAAUUGUAAAUUGCUCUUGAAAGUCAAAUUAUUUAAUAAAAAACACAAGUCUGAUCAAAUGCA